UCCGCGUCCUCCGCCCCUCCUCCAACGCUCCGCCCCUCUGAGCCCGGGCUUGGCAGUUUCUCCUCAGGCUCCCUGUGGAUCGCGCGUUGGCGCCGGAGCCUCAUUCCACAGAGCUCACCUCAGAGCCCGGAUCCUUCCCCGCAGCGCUUGCCGGGAGCCCGCGCGGUUCUUCUCCUCAGCGCGCGUCUUCCCCUCAGGGCUCACGGUUCUCCCAGUUCAGCAAAUGAGGCAGAACGUGUAGUCCCUGGGUUCCCCCGGAGUUUGCGACUACUUUUUCCAAAGUCUUUUCCUGCUCUGGCUUUAGCGGGACGCUGCGAGCUGGGUCGUUUAGAUUCUUGUGUGCUCGAGAGGUUCCUCGUCGGGCCCCAGACCGGAAAAUACAUUAGUUUUGAAAACUAAGUGAAAUCGGCCACAGAAAAUCGAGAGCCUUGGUUACAGCCGACUUAUCCUGCAAAUUGGUAGAGGAACGGUGGUACCUGAACCCUUCAGUACUGAGUCAUUUACUCUGGAUGUUUACAGGUACAAGGAUUCCUUGAAAGAAGAUAUUCAGAAAGCUGAUCUUGUUAUUAGUCACGCAGGUGCAGGAAGCUGUUUGGAGACUCUGGAAAAAGGCAAGCCACUCGUGGUAGUUAUAAACGAAAAGCUGAUGAACAAUCAUCAGCUGGAACUGGCAAAACAGCUACACAAAGAGGGUCAUCUCUUCUAUUGUACCUGCAGGGUCCUGACUUGUCCUGAGCAAGCCAAGUCCAUUGCUUCUGCUCCUGAGAAGUGCCAAGAUUCUGCGGCGCUGAAUUCAACUGCCUUCUCAGGCCUAGACUUUGGGCUGCUUUCCAGAUACCUGCAUAAACAAGCUCUUGUCGCUGCUGCCCAUCCUCCCUGCACCCUACUUUUUCCAUCUUACCACACUUUUUUCCCUCUCCCUCUCACCCCGACCCUGUACAAAAUGCAUAAAGGAUGGAAAAACUACUGCAGCCAGAAGUCUUUGAAUGAGGCAUCAAUGGAUGAAUAUUUAGGCAGCUUAGGGCUGUUUCGAAAGCUGACUGCCAAGGAUGCCUCUUGCCUCUUUCGGGCUAUUUCGGAGCAGUUAUUUUGCAGCCAGGUCCAUCAUCUGGAAAUCAGGAAAGCUUGUGUCUCAUAUAUGAGGGAAAAUCAACAAACUUUUGAGUCUUAUGUGGAGGGAUCUUUUGAGAAAUACCUGGAACGGUUGGGAGAUCCCAAGGAAAGUGCUGGCCAGCUGGAAAUAAGAGCACUUUCUCUAAUUUAUAAUCGGGAUUUCAUUCUUUAUCGCUUUCCUGGAAAACCUCCAACUUAUGUCACAGAUAAUGGCUAUGAAGACAAGAUUCUACUCUGCUAUUCAAGUAGUGGUCACUAUGAUUCUGUGUACUCAAAACAAUUUCAGUCAAGUGCAGCUGUUUGUCAGGCUGUAUUGUACGAAAUUCUGUAUAAAGAUGUAUUUGUUGUGGAUGAAGAAGAGUUGAAAACUGCGAUUAAAUUGUUUCGAAGUGGUUCUAAGAAAAACAGAAAUAAUGCUGUGACUGGGAGUGAGGAUGCCCAUACUGUCUACAAGAGUUCAAAUCAGAAUAGGAUGGAAGAGUGGGGUGCCUGCCGCAAUGCUGAAAAUAUACCAGAGGGCUACAAUAAAGGAACAGAAGAAACCAAGUCUCCAGAAAAUCCAUCAAAGAUGCCCUUCCCCUAUAAGGUGCUGAAAGCCCUGGAUCCAGAAAUCUAUCGUAAUGUAGAGUUUGAUGUUUGGUUGGACAGCAGAAAAGAACUUCAAAAAUCUGAUUACAUGGAGUAUGCUGGGAGACAGUACUAUUUGGGAGACAAGUGUCAGGUUUGCUUGGAGUCAGAUGGAAGAUAUUAUAAUGCUCAUAUCCAGGAAGUUGGAAAUGAGAACAAUUCAGUAACAGUCUUCAUUGAAGAAUUGGCAGAAAGGCACGUUGUUCCACUGGCUAACUUAAAACCAGUUACCCAAGUGAUGCCUUUUCCUGCCUGGAAUGCUAUGCCCAGUCGUAAAGGAAGAGGUUACCAGAAAAUACCUGGGGGAUAUAUCCCAGAAAUGGUUAUAUCAGAGAUGGACAUGAGGCAACAGAAGAAGAUGUUCAAGAAAGUUCGAGGGAAAGAAGUGUACAUGACUAUGGCUUACGGCAAGGGAGACCCCCUCCUCCCACCCAGGCUACAGCACAGUAUGCAUUAUGGGCAUGAUCCUCCAAUGCACUACUCAACAGCUGGCAAUGUUAUGUCUAAUGAACAUUUUCAUACUCAACAUCCAUCUCCAAGACAAGGUCGAGGAUAUGGGAUGCCCAGAAAUUCGUCUUGGUUUAUAAACAGGCACAACAUGCCGGGCCCUAAAGUUGGUUUUUACCCAGGCCCAGGUAAAAGGUGCUGCCAGAACUAUGAUAACUUCUCUUACAGAUCUCGUUCAUUUAGACGUAGUCACCGCCAGAUGAGUUGUAUGAAUAAGGAGUCCCAGUAUGGAUUUGCUUCAGGGAAUGGACAAAUGCCCAGGGGCUUGGAAGAAACGAUUACUUUUUAUGAAGUUGAAGAAGGGGAUGAGACUGCUUAUCCAACUUUACCUAAUCAUGGAGGUCCCUCUACAAUGGUUCCUGCUACUUCAGGAUGCUGUGUUGGAAGGCGGGGACAUAGCUCUGGCAAACAGACUUUGAAUUUAGAUGAGGGCAAUGGCCAGAGUGAAAAUGGGGGAUAUCAUGAAGAAUGUCUUUAUCCUGCAGAGCCAGACUAUGAAACUUCAGGUGUUUAUAGCACAACUGCAUCUACAGCAAACUUGUCUCUUCAGGACAGAAAAUCAUGUUCUAUGUCUCCUCAGGACACAGUUGCCUCAUACAACUACCCCCAGAAGGUGAUGGGAAAUUUUGUACCAGUUGCAGCUUCCUGUGCCAAUAAUGUUCCAGCUCCAGUCUUAUCUAACUGUGCAGCAGUUAAUCAAGCUAGUAUUACCACUUCAGUUUCCUCACAGAAUGCUAUACAGCCUCUAUUUGUAUCUCCACCUACACAAGGCAGGCCAGUGAUUGCCUCACCAUCCUAUCCAUGCCAUUCUGCUCCUACUCCUCAUGCUGGUACCUCUCUACCACUACCACCACCACCACCACCACCACCACCUCCUCCUCCUCCUCCUCUUGAUGUGGGAGAGGCUUCAAAUUUACCACCACCACCACCUCCAUCUUAUUCCUGUGAUCCAAGUGGCAGUGAUUUGCCUCAAGAUACAAAAGUUUUGCAGUACUAUUUCAAUCUAGGAUUGCAGUGCUAUUAUCACAACUACUGGCACUCCAUGGUCUAUGUGCCACAGAUGCAGCAGCAGCUUCAUGCAGAGAAUUAUCCAGUCUAUACCGAGCCACCUCCUCUGGUAGAUCAAACCGUCCCUCAAUUGUACAGUGAGGUGAAGAGAGAAAAUGGCACACAAGUAGAAGCAUCAGCAAAUGGUACUUUUCCGAAUGCUGAUCCUACAUCUGUCCCUCAUGGAGCAGUCUAUUAUGCAGUAAUGGCAGAUCCCUAUGGGCAGCCACCUUUGCCAGGUUUUGACUCCUGCCUUCCGGUUGUGCCAGAUUAUUCCUGUGUUCCCCCCUGGCAUCCAGUUGGUGCAGUAUAUGGUGGUUCUUCUCAAAUUCAUGGUGCUAUAAAUCCUGGGCAAAUUGGCUAUAUUGCUCCAUCUCCCCCAACUUCUCAUUACAUACCUCAGGGUAUGUAAGAUUCAGCAGUAUGACGUAUUCUUGCACUGCCAUAUUUUUUUUUUUUUUUUUUUUUUUUUUUUUUGCUGUUUUGGUUUUUAAAAAGUAUUUUAUGUUAGCGGUUAAGUGAUUUAGGUGGUUAGAGUGUUUACUAUUAUAUUUGUCUUUAAAAUUAUUUUAUCUUUUGAUUUAAAAUAGUACUUUAAAAUAAAAGGGUAUUAUUUUGGGCUGUAACUAGGGAAAUUGAGAUAGAUGUACAACUAGCCCCAUAUUGAGCAUACUUCAUUGUAUUCAGCUGUUUUCCUGUCAGCCAUUUGUCAACUUUAUAUUAGGUGAUGGUACCAGUUGAUAAAAUGAAUAAAUCAUAUAAAGUAUUUCCUUGGUUCAAAAAUCACAUCAUAUUAAACCAUGUAGAAUUGGAAUAACUUCUACUUUUUUCUAGAAAGUAAAACCAAGAGCCUUUGCUUUGGGAUAACUCACUUAAAGAGCUCUUCAGGUUUCUUGAGAAUUGUCUGAACCAAGUUGCAUUCUGUGGUAUCAGUUUUGUAGACAUAUGGUGCUCUGCUUUAGAUUUAUCCCAUACGCUAUUGUUUAAUACUGGAUUUAUGUAAGUGUUCUACUGUACAGUAUUGGUGUCUUUUGCAGUUAGUAGUAAAUAAAAACUAGCAUUUAAAAUUGCCAAAACGAGUGGGAUUUUUUUCUUUUUGCGUUUUCAUGGCAGCAAAGAGUACCAGACAUUUGAUUGUUUCAACAUGUUUUUUCUCUGGCAUUUUGGUUCCAAAAGAAUUUUUAGCAUGAGCUGGUGGGGAGUAAUUGCAGGGUCCCUUGAGAUGUUAUUUAAUCUCGAGUCAUUGCAGUGCAUACUACCAUAUCUAUGUCUUUUCUCUGGAGAAUGUUCCUUUUACGUGUGUGUGUGUGUGUGUGUGUGUGUGUGUGUAUGUUUUAAAGCAUCUAUAACCCGUCUUAUGGAACUUUAGACUUUCUCAUUAUCCUAUACUUCCAAUAGUUGUUACAGGGGCCAAGAAAAACCUUCUUCACCCUCUAAAGGUUCACUGAAAACUCAGCUCACAAAAGGCAGAUAAAUAAGAGAAAGGGCAUACAAAUUUUAUUAAUGUGUACACAGGAACCUUCAGAAUGAAAACCCAAAGUACGGGGGAAAUUGUCCAUUGUUAUGCUUAGGUUCAACAAAGUAUGGACAUCCAUAUAGAAAUAUGAUUGGAUAAAAAGGAUAUGAUCUGCUAAUGGACUUCAGUAGGGGAAACCCAACAAGGCUUGUUGGUAUUCUUGGCCUCUCUGAGCACACAUUCCUUCCUUCUGGGUGUGGGACAGACAGGAUCCUCUCUGGAAUGGGGUGGGGGCGUCUUCUGACAGUCAAACCAGGUAGUUCAGAUAAUUUUUUAUGGCCCGUUUUUCCAUAGAAAGGUAGAGUAAUAUUUUUAGGUUUUAGAAAAGCUAGAGCAAUAUUUUUAGGUUUUAUGGCUGGUAUUGAGGAAAAAGGGGUUCUGGUUUCUAUGACCCACCUUGGGGAAGAGGGAUUCUAGUUUCUAUGGCUAGCUUUAGGGAAGAAGGAGACUAAGAGACAGGACAGGAGGGCAGGAGAAGUUGAGAGAAACACUUGCUUCGGAGGCCUUCAUUCGAGAGUAUUGUUUUUUGAGUCACAUCUUACCAUUUUUGUUUUUAGACUUAACCUUGUAUCUCUGAAGGCUCUGAAGGCCUGGCUUGUCUUUGGCUUGUUGUGAGACACAUUUCAUCAUCCAUUUUUGCCUUCUCCCUUUAAUCUAUCUGAAGACCACAAGAUGGUCUGUAUUGAUCAGUUCUCCUCUGAGGGGCAAAUCAUCCUGAAUACUUUGCUCUAUGUCACCUAACAGCUAUUUAAAAGAAUGAGUUCAUGUCCUUUGCAGCAAUAUGGAUGAAUCUGGGAACCAUCAUUCUCAGCAAACUAACAGAAGAAUAGAAAACCAAACGCUGCAUGUUCUCCCUCAUAAGCGGGAGUUGAACAAUGAGAACACAUGGAGACAGGGAGGGGAACAUCAUACAACAGGGCCUGUCGAGUGGUGGGGGGCAUAGGGAAGGAUAGCAUUAGAAGAAAUACCUAAUGUAGAUAACGGGUUGAUGGGUGCAGCAAACCACCAUGGCGCUUAUAUACCUAUGUAAUCUGCAUGUUCUGCAUGUGUAUCUCAGAACUUAAAGUAUAAUAAUAAAGAUACAAUUGGAAAAUUCAUUUGGCAGCCAUGAUAGUAAUUAUUUCAAAAUAAAAUAUAUCUCUAGUAUUUAAAAAUAUGUAUAUAGCAUAGUAAAUUUUGAACAAAGAAUAAUCCAAGCUUUCAUUUUCCAGUACCGUUUGGCUGAAGAAGCAUAAAAAUUAGGACUCAGGCUCUCUGACUUACUGGCUGGGCUGGGGUAGGUAGGUCACUUACUUUUCUCAUUCUUAGUUUCCUCACCUGUAAAGUGAUAUGAACUUAGAUUCAUAGGUCUAAACUAUUAAAUUCCAUAAAGCCUCUUUUUAUUUUUCAAAUAAAAUUGGUUGCCACAAAACCUAUUUAUAUCACUUUCUUAAAAGGUUAUUUAUCGUUGUGAAUCAGUCUCUCCUUUCCCCCUAUGGCUACACCCUGGUCAAAAAGAACAAUUUGAGACAUCAGGGCUUGAAGUGCUUAAACAGUUAAAGGUACUGGAGUGGAAUCCAUUGCAAAGAAGAUAUAUCUUCAAUGUACUGUUCUCAAGAUGAUUAAUAUUAGUUCUAAAUAAGCCAGUAUGCCAAACGGUUCUGCUUCGUAAUAGACAAUAUUGAUUGGAUUUGGUUUUUUAUCCUUGAUUUUAAGAAGGCCUUGCACUACAAGUUAGCGUCUGACAACUUGAGAUGAAUGGCAGUGCACUAAUGUUUUACAACAAACUGUGUGUAUUAGUGUUUUAACUUCUCUGCUAACCUCCUGGGUUCUCAAUUUGCACAGCCUACAAAUUGUGUUUUGCAUAAAAGCUUAUUUUAGUCAAGCUUAUGGAACAGCCCCUUCCCAACAAUUUUUUAAUGUGCUGUCAUUUCUGAGGUACACAGAUUUCACAGCAAGUGAUUGUCCUCUAUCUUCAGCUAUCAGUGUUCACUAGCUUCUAAGGGGUGUUUUAGAAGGUUGUAGUCUUGAGAAUAUGGGUUUGGAAUUUGGUGAAUUUUGGGACAAGCACAUCUGCCUUAGAUUUCUAGUUGAUUGGUUUUUAUUUCAAACUUAUAUGAUACUGCCUUGCCUUGUGCUCUAUUACCAGUUAAUGAAAUUUAAUCAUGAUUGGUAUUAAUGUAACCUGAAAGCAAUGUGUGUACUAGAUUCAACCAAUUAUCAAUUGAUGUCUGUAUUUAUGGUCUGCUUAAAUCAUGAAAGUUCUCUUUGUUUAUGUAUUACAAUCAGUCUUCUCUAAGAAAUAAUCAAGGAGCGAGUCCUGGCUCUCCUAUUGUUGGGGGAGAGGUGAGGGUAGCCUGUGCUGCUGCAGCAGUCUGCAAUCGUUCUUGGAGGCAGCUGCCAGGUAAAAAGGAAGUGGUUUUUCUUGUGAUGAGAAACAAAACCCUAAUACUUAACAUGUUUAAUCACCAUAUAGGAUAAACAUAAUGGUAGAUUUCUCCUUUUUACAGAUUACCUCUUAAGUUGCUCUUGUUACAAAAGGUAUCCUGUGUGUUCUCUGCUUUUAACCAAAUUUCAUCCAUUUAGAAUUGUUAGAGGAAAGAAAUAUAAAAACACUGUAGUUUGUUUGGGACCCUUCCAGCCCCUUCCUGACAUAAAUCUGGUUAUGCUAAAGGUAAAAAGCUGGAUAAUUUCUCAUAGCCAGGAAAAAUAAUUAAAUUCAUUUUUAUGCUUUAUAUAUUUAUUCUCAAAACUGAUUGUGGUUUUCUGCCUUGAUUAAGAGCAGAUGAAAACAUUGAGUUGGUUUUACUGUUGAAAUUUAAGACUGAUGAAUUUAAAACAGCUUUCAUUUCCUUAAAGCUUAUAAUCAAGGCUAACCUUUCAAUUAGCUUUGGAUUUAAAAAACAAAUCAUGUUUUUGUUUUUUUUUUAUGUGAACAACAGACAUUCAGAACUUAGAUCUCCAUAGAUAAUGAUAUAGUCUCGUGGGGAGGGCAGGGCAUAAACUUAAUCUAGACUUUUGUAAAUCUGGGACAAAUUUAGUUCAUUUCAUAUGAAACCUCUUUAAAGUAUUUCAUAUUUACAUUUAUAAUUAAGAAUUUAUGUAAUUUAUAUAAGAAUUCAAGAGAACUAAUACAGACUGAGCAUUCCUAAUCUGAAAAUCUGAAAUCCUCCAAAAUCUAAACCUUCUUGAGCACUGACUUGCUGCUUAAAGAAAAUGCUCUUUGUGGCAAUUUGGAAUUUUGAAUUAGGGAUGCUCAACCAGUAAAUAUAAUGCAAAUAUUCUAAAACCCCAAAAAAUUUGAAAUUCCAAACACUACUGGAACCAAACAUUUUGGGUAAGGGACACUCAUCCUAUACGUAUGGCAAGAGACAACCUCUCGUUUCCCUCCAUCCUAACUGGAAUGUUUAGUUUCAGUAGGAGCAACUUAAUUUAGAACACUUGUCUUCUCUGCUACCUCAACGACCAAUGGCAUUUUUCCCUAAAAUACUUUUCAGGGACGUGGAAGGUGCCUGUGUGAGGGAGAUGUAGCUUAGGUAAUGACCUCUGUGACUAAAACUGUUUUAGAGUGAUAAAUAUGGGAGGUGCUUCAAAAUAAUUUCAGGAUGAGUAUUAUAUAUGAAAAAACAUUAGCUGUGUGUUGAAUAAUUAUCAUUGAAACUUGGGUUUAUUAUGCUAUUUUGUUUGAAAUUUUUAAUAAAAAAACUGCCUUAGUAACCUGCCAUCUGGAGAGGAGAUGUUUGCUUAUGAAAUUAGUAUGAGUUUGGGUUUUUUAAAAUGUUGUCUUCAAUCCUGAAAAGUAUUAAACAUAUAAGGUUGUAGAGAGGCUGUCACAUAGGUCCAUAGAUACCUUAAAACAUCUGGAGUUUUGGGGAAAGUUAUA